AUGACCUCAGCGGCAGGUCGCCAGGCGUCUGUGCUCACGCCUGGACCCGCCUCGGGCUUCUACACGCCGCCCGCGCCUCACGUCGCGCCGGUCGUGAUGCCGCCGUCGCGCUACGGCUCCUAUCCGCAGUUUGCGUCGGCGGCGCAUCCGUCCGCCCCGUCUGUCAGGCCUCCAGUCUACACCGCCUUCCGCAGCGCGAGCGCAGUCGGCGGCGCGCACCCCACGGGGCCGCCGAUUUUGUCGCAGACCGAGCGCAUCGCUGUGCAGCCCCGCCGCGCGACAGACGGUCAGCCGUCGCUGCAUUUGCCGCUCUCCAACUCGCUGCCUUCCUCCGCCUCGUCGCGAUACUCCACUCUGCAGCCGUCGUGGACUGCGCCACCUUCGCUCCGCCUGAAUCUCCCCCCGCAGGUCUACUCCGCGGGCAUCAAGGAAGAAGAGGAGACCACCUUCGUCGAGGACGAACGCUCACAAGGCCCCUGCUGCGGAAGAGACGCUGGCAGAAAUGAGCGGAAAGAAACGCCGAAUUUCCUCAAGGUCUUCUGUCUGCUCGGCGGCCUUCUGACCGCGGGCUGCUGCUGCGUCGCCGCCGCCGACUUCUUCCACGUCGUGAUUGAUCCCGUCUCCUACAUCCUCACUCUCUUCCAAGCGUGCCUGGGAGCCGUUGUGUUCGUCUACGAGGCCUCUUGGUUCGCGCGCCUCUCGCCUUGCCAGAAAGCACUCAGCGAUCGCUGCGCCUUUCUGAACUGCCCUAUCUGCAAAGGCCUCUUCUACAUGUAUAUCGGUAUCGUCAGCCUGAGUCUCCGCACGGUCGCGUCCUUCUACACGAUUCCAGGCACCUACAUGGUUGUCGUCGGCUUCUUCUGCGUGAUGGUGCAAAAAACGGUUCUGGAGCCAGUAGAGAAGCUCGGGAGAUCGAUCGGCAGACCUGCGUGGGCGGCGUAG